AUGUCGUCGAAUGCAGGCACAACGUCCUUCCCUGGCGAUGUGGCGUCGUCGGUUCUCGAUGUAGCAUCCUUUGGAAUGCAGCAGACGCAACCUUUGCAGGCCAAUGCCUCGGCUGCCACCUCGCCAGUGCAGCCGAGCCAGCAGGCAUGCGCAGCAAAACCUACCACGAACCAAAGCAGACGGCGGGAGAAGCCCCAUCUCUCGUGCACUUUGUGUCGCAAACGCAAGCUGCGCUGUGAUCGCAAGCAGCCCUGUUCCAGCUGUGCCUCACGCGCUGUUCCCUGCACCUAUGUCCAAGGCGGUGCCGGUGUUGUCGGUCCGACUCUUCACGAUCGCCUCGUUGAGCUGGAGCGUCUCAUCGUGUUGCAAAUGCCGCUAUCCCAGGGGCAGAAUCUAGCUGCGCAGCCUACCAACACGCAUGUAGCAGACCCGCAGGAUGGCGCCGGCUUUCAGCAGACCGAUUCCAGUCACGUCCCGUCUGAGCGUGGCAGCCUCCAUAUUGGCGGCUCGGAGCUGCAAUACGUUGGUGGCGAGCAUUGGGCUGCCAUCCUGGACAACAUUACCGAUUUCAGGGACCAGCUCGCUCGAGGAGAGGACGUGUCGCUGCCGGAACCGGUCGGUGCAUCUAGCUCUGGGGCUGCUCAUGAGCCCGAAAUUGUCCGCAUGCCUCCCGCACGUCGCGCACUGCUCCUAUACGGUUGUCCUCGUCCAGCGUCCCGCGAAGAAAUUCUGGCCGCGCUGCCGCCCAAGAUUACAGUUGAUCGCUAUCUCUCGCGCUAUUUCACGUGCCUCGAGCUAGCCUCUUGCACGAUUCACGGCCCUACAUUUCUUCAAGAGUAUGAAGCAUUCUGGUCGGACCCCUCCCAAACCUCCAUAAUAUGGAUUAGCCUUCUGUUCGGAAUCAUAUGCCUCGCAGUCACCACGUCAGACGUAGCCGAGGUCGGCCUUGGACAUGAAAGAGACCUAGCCCUGCGCCAAGUAGAUCUGUAUGUUGAAAAGAUUGUGCAGUGUCUGGUCUUGGGACAGUACACCACCGCGGGCCCAUACGUGGUCGAAAGUCUGGUGCACUAUUUACAUGUUGAGUUUGCCAUUUGCACCGAUGCCAACAAGGAUGUGUGGUUUGUGCUCGCCCUCACCAUCAAAAUUGCCACGUCGAUGGGUUACCAUAGAGAUCCAGGCUACUUUCCCAGGCUAACACCGCUUCAAGCUGAAAUGCGCCGUCGCCUAUGGGCAACGCUCGUGAUGGCGGACAUUCUCAUAUCAAGCCAAAUGGGAAUGCCUCGGAUGAUUUCAGACUCACAAUGGGACACAGCCGAGCCCCAAAACUUAAAUGACUCUGAUUUAAGUGCAGAGCUGACGCAGCUUCCGCCGUCUCGACCCGAAACUGAGCACACUUCGUCCCUAGGCAUCAUUUCGAGGAUAAGGAUACUUAGAGUUGUCGGUCAAAUCACAGACCUGACUUCAGCCGUCGCGCCGUGCAGCUACGCCGAGAUCACUCGCCUUGAUGGGCUCUUGCGAGACACACAGGCCAUCAUCCCACAGCUGCUCCAGCCCAAACCGCUGGCUGCCAGCAUAACUGAUUCCCCGCAAGUGAUCAUGGCUCGUUUAUUUAUCAGCCAAAUCUUUUACAAGGGCCAAAUCAUGCUACACCGGCGCUUUCUAUACCUCGAACCCCCUCCACAAGAGCAAGCCUCAUAUACAUAUUCUCGCAAAGUGUGCCUGGAUGCUGCACUGAGCUUGCUGGAGAUCCAGUUCAUAAUGGAUGAGGAAACAUGUGUAGCAGGGCAGUUGCACACGAUGCGAUGGCGUUUGAGCUCCUCAUUAAACCACCAAUUCCUCACGGCUACCAUGCUACUCUGUUCGCUCCUUCAUCGCAAAAUUACACUGCAACGAGAUGACGAAAUUAUCGCAGCCCUGAAGGCUUCCAGAACUAUAUGGAUGCGACAUUGCGACGCCGAAGUAGACUUUGAUCCAAGUCAGAUGCUCCAAGAGCUUUUCCGACCUGAUGCGGGAGUCCCAUUCCAACCGGACUUGUUUGCAGGAUACACGCCGCCCAUGAUGCAAAGUGAAGGUCUUUCCAUGUUCUCCGGCGCUCAAGACAAUCCAGAUUUACAUCUAGGAUCGGCGGAAUGGUUGUUGUUAGAGCCGGGAGAGGACUGA